UCAGUUAAGCUUAGGUGUUCCUUAAAAUGAUAGAUUUUCAAUCACACUUAAAUAAAAAAAUCGGUGACAAUUCCUUAAAUAAAUGUCUAACAAUAGGUCUUUUGAUCUAAAUGUUAUAACAACCCUAAAUCAUAUGAUUUGCAGCCUUGGUACGACCUUCAUUUAACUAAAAUUGGAGUUUUGUCUGUUUGAUUUCAUCACUAAUAUUAUGAUUCCGCUUCACCCAAUUGUGGUAAUGGUGGGGUCUGUUAAAAGCUCCAAAAGACUGUUCCCAUCGCUCUCACUAAUUCUCAUUUCUCACAAAUUACCUUUCAAAAGCCUACCAUUCUCAUCUAACUUUAAUUUUAUUCUCUUAUUUUCAACUAUAAAAUAUCAACCAAACCGACAGCUUCAAUGUAGAGUUCACAACUUUGUAAUUUUGGAGACCAAAGAAACAUUAAGGAUGGUGAAAGAACGGGAAGAUAGAGACCUUGUUUUUCCUUAAAAUUCAAAGCUACUCCACCAAAUCAGUGUCUCGACGCUGGGAUAUGCCCUCCCAUCAUGACAUUUGCCUGUGGGAUGCUGCCUAUCGACCAUCAGUUUGAUGCAAAGGUCUCAGGCAACUAAAGGGAAUCAAGAGGGAGUGAGAAAAAUAAAAAGGAAAGAUGCUGAUAAAGAAAGCUUGGGAUGGAAGCCCUUUGAAUGAAACUUUCUGCUAUUGCUUGUAUUAGAAUCAAAGUGAGGGAUACUCGUGAUGUUGCAGAGACCCUCCAGAGAGAGAAAGAGAGUUAACGUUCACGUCAAACUAUCUAAGAUAAAUUUUCAAACUCCAUUUUAUUGCUAGGAAACUGGACUUCUCAACUCACCCAACUUUGAAAGAACCCUCCCAACUAGAAAAAGAAACAAAAAUACUCCUGUUCCUACGUCAUAUCUGUAAAAAAGUAAUUUGCAAAACACAAUGUACAGAAAUUCUAUCUUUAUUCUGGCUCAAAGAGAGUUGAAUGCACCUUGAUCGAAUUCAGAGUACCAACAUGGCCAAGAGAUCAGAUUUUGCACAGAAACUGUUAGAUGACCUUAGGUUGCGGAAGGAGAGGAUGGCUGCCUCUCAGAACUCAAAGGGCACGAAUCCAAUGGUCGCAGAUGCGUAUGCUUACUCCAAGGCAGCCUAUAAAUCAUCUAGGGAACCAAAGACGCUCAAAACUAUUGGUUUUAGAGCUGGAAGCACACAAACCAGACCUAGUGGAGGCAGGAAAUCAGUCGCCACUGGGCAGGUAUCGAAUCAGAUUGUUCCUUUUGAGAGAGACCUGAAGUCAGAACAAAUAGGAGAUCUAUCAAUGGCCCUGGCUUUUGCACUUGAAAAUGGAGGAAAGCUAAGAAGAACAGAUUCUUCUGGCAAUAGUUCAAUUUUCAGUUUUCUGCAUAACAUGGGUAGGAGACGGAUGGACUAUGGGAAGAUAGAGAGAAAAAACAGUGUAGUAAGUAGGCAUCAACCUUCAAGUAGCCGACUCCCUACUCUCUCACAUCUCCAUAUCGAAGAAAUAUCAAGGGGUGCACAAAAGUUAAAUCAGAUCCUCCGAGCCUGCUCUAAUGGCCUCAACUUCGACAGAUACUCAAUAGAAAUUGGACGGGAACUAUUGAAAGGAGCAAUAGAUUUGGAAGAGUCUCUAAGGAUGCUUGUAAACCUGCAGGAAGCUUCAGAGUAUUUGGUAACGCCACAGAGAAAAAGUCAGAUAACAUUGCUAGAGGAGGAUGAAGAUGAUGAUGAUAACACUGUCAAAAUAGCUGAUCAGAAGCAAUUGGAUAGGCCAAGAUUUUCUUUUGACAGACCCGAAAGAAAUUAUAAUGACAUUCAAGAAGUUGCAAGGACUGAUCUCAGGCUGAGGCUGGCAGCUCUUACCUACUCUUCAGAAGUUACUAAUUCCAACCAUGAGAAGAAAGUUCUAGCUGCCUCGAAUUCACAUUCUCACAGGCGAUCAGUUAGCUAUGGUCCAGACAUAAAAAAUCUCACCACAUUCUCCGAACAAAAUUACUCAAGUUCAGUGCAGUCCAAACAACAAAAGUCAAGAAUUCCAAACGUAAUUGCAAAACUGAUGGGGCUCGAUGAGCUUCCGGGAAAUGUAGAUUCAAAGGUGACCACAAAGAAGUCUGGAACACAAAGAGUAGAAGGGAUGAUUACCCAGAAACCCGCACAGGAAAGUAUCAAGAAGGCUGAACAAAGGACCAAAGAUUCUGCAACCCUGGUUCUCCCACCAGGAAAACAGAAGGCAACACUAGCCAGCAAAACUCCAUUGAUUCAGGAGACAGUUACAUCACAAGCAGGAAAACCUUUGACAAUUAGAAAUGGUAGCACAAGGAUUGCUGUUAAUGACAAAUUAAUACCUCGAAAGGACUUGGAAGACAUAAAACCUGUGACAAGCUCUAGAAAGCCCAACAUCAAGAUAGACAAACAACAAAGUGACAUCACCCAAUUGAAUCAUAACUCCGGAAGCAGAAAAGAAAUUCAGGAAAAGGGGAGAAAACAAGAUAGUAUAAAGCACAGGGAACAGAAGGGCGCUGAAAGAAGUGAAAUCAAGGGAUCAGUUUUCAAGGAUGAGAUGCAGCAGAUGAUACCCUAUAUGCAUAAAAGAUCAGAAGCCGCACUUACAUUGCAAGAAAAUCCAGAGUACAGUGAAAGCAUGCUUCAUGGCGAAAACAGAUAUGCAAACAAGCUUCUCCUAGGCAAUCAACAAAGGCUGCAAAAUAAUCAUGGUUUUCAACAGGUGCAUAUGCUUCAAAAAUCUGAGCUUCAAGAGAAAAGGCGACAAUCAGAAGAGAAGGAACAACAAAGUACCAAACAGAAAUUGCAGGGGAAGAAACAACAGGGAAAUGAACCAAUAUCCAGUAAUUUCUCCAAACCAAUGUCUGGUGCAACCAAUUUGCAAAAGAAGCAGCCACAAAUGAACCAAGCAGAAACUAGUAGGAAAAGCUCCACCGAACAUAUUGAUGCAACACAGUCCAAUGGAUUCCCAGAUGGUAGGCACCACAAAACUUUGGCCAUGGAUAGUAGUUCAACAAACUUAAAUUUCAAAAUUAAAGAUUCAUUAAAAAGAAACUCUGGUCAGCAUUACUUUCAAGGAGAUCUAGAAUCUCAAUCAGCAAAAGCUCGCAUCCUGUUUGCUGUGGAUGAGAAACCUGUUCAAGUUCAAACAACAAUGAAGGCAAGAAGUGCUAAAGGCCAUAAACAUGAGGUCCCUCGAAAGAUCGACGAAGUGGUGACUAACAAAGGUGCAGGUGUUUAUAACUUGCCGAGGACACUGAAAAAUCAGAGUUCCAUUUUGCAAGAGAGGAAACAAACAAGGCAGGAGAAACUUGCUAUCUCAAGUGAAGCAGAUAAAAUGAAAGCCAACAGGUUCGAAGAAAGAGAAGCACAGAUCAUUAGAUCCAACAAGUCAGUAGCAGGCCUACAAUCAUCAAGUGUAGCACAAGAGCUGCAGAAAGCAGCACAUCAAAAUUCAAUUUUGUGCAGUCCUCUAGAAGAUGAAUACCAAAGUCUAAAGGAACCAAAAGCUUUAGUUCCAAAAGAUAAAUGUCAAACUACAGUGCCAAUGAUUACAAAAGAACAGCAAGAUCAAGAAGCUGAUUUUGGAAGAGCCGAAGAAAGCGAGUUUAAGAACAGUGUCUCUGACCCACUACAUGGAACUCAUGGAGAGAGUACAGAAAUCUCCUACUGUCUACAGUCACAGAACCCAAGAACUUAUACAUCAGAGAUGUCAGAGCCACUGACAGAGAGUGAAAACCACCUCAAGCAGAUAGUGAUGAAAUGCCAACUAUUUAUGAGCACGGCAGAGGCGCUUUUCAAACUCAACAUUCCUAUCAGCAUUCUUCAUGCAAACGGUCACGACUAUCGCGAUCAAGAAAGCAAGAUCGUUUUAGACUGUGGCUACGAAGUAAUGAAAAGGAAAGGAAGGAGGCAGGAACUAAGUGUUCACCCAUUUCUGAAAGCACCCAUCUCUUCAAAAAAAGCAAAAUCCAUGGAUGAGCUGGUCAAGCAAAUGUGUAAAGACUUUGACAAGUUGAAGUUAUACGGACGGAACGGGAGAGAAGAUUCUCUCUUCCAAGACUACCUACCCAAAAUGCUUGAAGCCGAUGUCAACAACAAGGAACCAGAUUUGAAUUGUAUGUGGGACUUGGGUUGGAACAGCAUGAUGUUUGGGUUUCUUGAGAAAGAUGAUGUUAUAAAGGAUGUGGAGAAGUAUGUGCUUAACGGACUCCUAGAUGAGCUUACCAGAGAUCUUUUCACAGGCAGAAGUGUUUCAGGCAGAAGUGCUUAAUGGACUCCUUGAUCUAUUUUUUCUAGUGGCCCAUUACGUUGCUGAUGUUUGUAAAUUUCAUCAAUCGUAAUUGAAAUGUACUGCUGGAGUGUUGCAUCUAGGUUUUGAGUAAAACAGUGAAGAACAAAUGACAUCAAGUGAUGAUAUGCCUUAGAAAAUUGAGAAAUUAUUCCUACAUUCGUGUUUGGUAACACUUCUACCCCCCCUCCCCAACCUGGCUGCCAAGGUGCAAGUUAGAGUUGACUUUCUUGCUUUAUUUCAUUUUGAUGUUACUAUCUGGAGUAUGACGUACAUGGGAUAAAACAGAAC